AUGGCGGGCGACAGGGAAUACGAUGGGUUCAACCCCAAACGGCGGAGGCUGGACUCUGCGCGACCGCAGAGCCGCUUCCAGAGCGGAUCGCGAGGCUCGACACCGCGCGCGCAGUCGCACUACGCGCCCACGCCGCCGCGGGAGACGGACAAGCCCGAGCCGACAGACCAAGACUCGCUGCUGCUGGAUCGCGACUGGUACGGCGGCGAUGAGCUCGGCGGACACACGCUCGGCGACGACACCCACAACCCAUUCGCGUCCUACGAGACGUCGGCCUGGGAGAGCCAGCAGCAGGAGUCGGCCAGGGCAGAGAAGAUGACGAGCCGUUACGACGCUAGGCAGGAGCAACGACGGAAGGAAAACGAUGCAUGGGAGACGAACAGGAUGCUGGUGUCGGGCGUCGCUCAGCGGCGAGACAUGGCGUCCGACUUUGACGACGAGGAGGCGACCCGCGUUCACUUGCUGGUGCACGACCUGCGCCCGCCGUUCCUCGACGGCCGCACCAUCUUUACGAAGCAGCUCGAGCCUGUGCCCGCCGUUCGGGACUACCAAAGCGACAUGGCCGUCUUCAGUCGAAAAGGAAGCAGGGUGGUCAAGGAGGCGCGCCAGCAGCGCGAGCGACAGCGACAGGCGCAGCAGGCGACGAGCAUCACCGGCACGACCCUGGGCAACAUCAUGGGGGCCAAGGAAGAAGACGGAGACAGCGCCUUGCCCUAUGCCGCCGAGGAAGAGGCGCAAGCCAAGAACGAGAAGAAGGGCAACAAGUUCUCGGAGCACAUGAAGAAGGGGGAGGGCGCCAGCGACUUCAGCCAGAGCAAAUCCCUGCGCGAGCAGCGAGAGUUUCUGCCUGCGUUUGCAGUGCGCGAGGACCUCCUGCGCGUUGUUAGGGAGAACCAAGUCACCAUCGUUAUUGGUGAGACGGGCUCUGGAAAGACGACGCAGCUGACACAGUUCCUGUACGAGGACGGGUAUGGCCAGACUGGCAAGAUAGCCUGCACGCAACCGAGACGCGUGGCUGCCAUGAGCGUGGCGAAGCGAGUUGCGGAUGAGAUGGAGGUGCGACUGGGGAGCACGGUCGGUUAUUCGAUCCGAUUCGAGGACGUCACCAGCGACGAGACGGUCAUCAAGUACAUGACGGACGGUAUUUUGCUGCGAGAGUCGCUCAACGAACCGGACCUCGACCGAUAUUCGUGCAUCAUCAUGGACGAGGCGCACGAGCGGGCUCUCAACACGGACAUCCUCAUGGGGCUCUUCAAGAAGAUUCUGCAGCGGAGACGAGACCUGAAGCUCAUCGUCACGUCGGCGACGAUGAACGCCAAGCGCUUCUCCGACUUCUUUGGCGGUGCCCCUGAGUUUACGAUCCCCGGAAGGACGUUUCCGGUCGACGUCAUGUUCCACCGGUCGCCCGUCGAGGACUACGUGGACCAGGCCGUGCAGCAGGUGCUGGCCAUCCACGUGUCCAUGGACACGGGCGACAUUCUCGUCUUCAUGACGGGCCAGGAGGACAUUGAAAUCACCUGCGAGCUUGUCCAGAAGCGUCUGGACGCGCUCAAUGACCCGCCGAAACUCAGCAUUCUCCCUAUUUACAGUCAGAUGCCGGCGGACCUACAGGCCAAGAUCUUUGACCGCGCCGCCCCCGGUGUGCGAAAGUGCAUCGUCGCGACCAACAUCGCAGAGACGAGCUUGACGGUGGACGGCAUCAAGUACGUGGUUGACGCAGGCUACUCCAAGAUGAAGGUGUACAACCCCAAGAUGGGCAUGGAUACGCUGCAGAUUACACCCAUAUCACAGGCCAACGGCUCGCAGCGGUCAGGCCGUGCAGGCCGGACGGGGCCCGGCAAGGCGUUUCGGCUGUACACGGAGAAGGCGUUCAAGGAGGAGCUGUACCUGCAGACGAUCCCGGAGAUCCAGCGGACGAAUUUGUCCAAUACGGUGCUGAUGCUCAAGUCUCUCGGGGUCAAGGACCUCCUUGACUUUGACUUCAUGGACCCCCCGCCGCAAGACACCAUCUCGACGUCCAUGUUCGACCUGUGGGCGCUGGGGGCGCUGGACAACCUGGGCGAGCUGACGGAGCUGGGCCGCAAGAUGAGCGCGUUCCCGAUGGACCCGUCGCUGGCCAAGCUGCUCAUCACGGCCGAGGAGUACGGCUGCAGCGAGGAGAUGAUUACCAUCGUGUCGAUGCUGUCGGUGCCAAACGUCUUUUAUAGACCCAAGGAGCGGCAGGACGAGGCGGACGCGCAGCGCGAAAAGUUUUGGGUGCACGAGUCGGACCACCUCACAUACCUGCAGGUGUAUUCGGCGUGGAAGGCCAACGGCUACUCGGACGGGUGGUGCAUCAAGCACUUCCUGCACUCCAAGUCGCUGCGGCGGGCCAAGGAGAUCCGGGAGCAGCUGCUCGACAUCGUCAAGAUGCAGAAGAUGCAGCUCAACAGCUGCGGGAUGGACUGGGACAUGAUCCGCAAGUGCAUCUGCUCGGGGUACUACCACCAGGCGGCCAAGUACAAGGGGUCGGGCGAGUACAUCAACCUGCGGACCAACGUGGCGGUGCAGCUGCACCCGACGAGCGCGCUGUACGCGGGCCACCCGCCCGACUACGUCGUCUACCACGAGCUCGUGCUCACGUCCAAGGUGUACGUGUCGACGGUGACGGCCGUGGACCCGCACUGGCUGGCCGACCUGGGCGGCGUCUUCUACUCCAUCAAGGAGAAGGGCUACUCGGCGCGCGAGAAGCGCAUCACCGAGACCGAGUUCAACCGCAAGAUGGAGAUUGAGGCCAAGAUGGCCGACGACAAGCGCCGCGAGGAGCUGCGCAGGCAGGCCGAGGAGGAGCGCGCCACCAAGAAGAAGGCGGGCGCCGCCGCCGCCGACGGCAAGAAGUUUGUCACGCAGGGGGCCGUGAAGAAGCCCGUCAUCAAGAGACGGGGGAGGGGCUUCUAA